ACGUGAUCGCUCCGCCGCCUGUUGGUCUUUCACAGUUGGCGACGGAGACUGGCAAUGGCCUCGAGAUUACCCGUGUGUACGAAUUACCCGAGUAGAUGACGACGAUGAGCUUGUUAAAUCCGUUUAACACAAGACAAACAGUUGUCUUCACCUAAAUCCCUGCGGAGUGAAAGACAAAACAGUACAACCAACCGCUAAACAACAAACGACAUAGCGCACAGCCUCGGAUUUUCCGCGGGGCUCUCAAGCCACUAUGGAGGAUAUCAACUCAAACAUCAACGCGGAUUUAGAAGUGCGGAAGCUACAGGACUUGGUAAAGAAACUCGAACAGCAAAAUGAACAGCUUCGGAGUAGAUCUACUCUCCUGUCUUCAUCUGGAGCGUUGUCAGCGAAUAACAGACCCCUCAGUGCGGGAUACGACUCACCCCUGUCAGCUGGAACAGGGCUGGCCGGCUUUACUGGGGUGGGGUUCGGUGGAACCGGUGGCUACAGUGGGAUUUUGGAAAAUUCCCGAUGUUUAAGCCCCAGAUUAUCUUACGAUGGCAUCAGUUUCAGAAAAGCAUACGAGGCCGAGGGGGCAUCGGCUGCCACCUCGUACCCCGGACUCAACUCAUUCUUCACUGACGCAGAGGACUUUAUGGAUGACGCGGGUGAAACUUCUAUUCUGGACGAGGUUGAAAUACUUGAUCUCGAGGACAUGGAUUGUCUGAACGAGGAAGAGGACAGCUGGCUGUACGAGGCCAAGGUGAGCAGCCCGCUGCAGAAGGCCCUGAGCCCCAUCGUGUGGUGUCGUCAGGCCCUGGACAACCCCAGCCCCGACAUGGAGUCAGCCAAACGCUCCCUGCGCCACCGCCUGGACCUCACCAUGACAGCUAACAAGCGUCGGAGCCUGUACGGCAGCCCCUACUCUGCUCCGGGGGGCUACGGAAGCCCGUACAGCCCAAACCCAGCCAGCAGCCCCUGCAGCAGCGGCUUCCCCUCGCCCUCCUCCACACCCUGCCGGGGGCCCGUCGUCAGGCAGACCCUCCUGUUCAGCAACGCAGGUCACCAGCGGGGGGCAGCAGAGAGGAACCCCCCGGCGCUGAGCCCCCAGAGCUCGGUGGACAGCGAGCUGAGCACGUCUGAGAUGGACGAGGACUCUGUGGGCUCCACCACCACCUACAAGCUCAACGACGUCACCGACGUGCAGAUCAUGGCGCGCAUGCAGGAGGAGAGCCUGCGUCAGGACUAUGCCGCCACGGCGUCCAGGCGUAGCUCCGGUUCCUCCUGCCACUCCCUCAGGCGGAGCGCCUUCAGCGACCAGGAGCUGGACGCCCACAGCCUGGAGGACGAGGAGGAGGCCCACCCGGCCUUCCACCUGCCCUCCUCCUCCGCCCGCUUCUCCCCCUCCCCGCGCGCCUCCCCCCGCGCCUCCCCCCGCUCGCGCUCCCCCGCCCGCUCCCUGGACCACGGCCACGGACGCGGCUCCCCGCAGCCGAUCAUCAGCCGGCUGCAGCAGCCACGCCACUCCCUGCAGGGGCACGGGGGAGACACGCAGACCAGCGUGGUGAAGAACGAAGAGAAGUUGAGGCGUAGCCUCCCUAACCUGACUCGGCCCAACCCGGCCCAGCAGGAGUCCAACAACAGGAGCUGUGAGACCAGCCUACACAACGGAGGCUCCCCCCGACACCAGAACCAGUCUGCUAGCCAGCUCAGGUAUCACGCCCCCCCUCGCUCCUCCCCGAAAACCAAGCAGCAGCUACAGAGCCCAUCAGCACUACAAGUCUCCUGUUGCUUUGGAGAAGAAGGGGAUUUUAUGCCCUCCCCCAGCAAGCUGCGGAUCCCCGCCACGCCCUCCCCCCUGGCCCUGAGGCAGCCCGUCAAGGCUCCCUCCACGCCUGGCUCCGCCCCUGGCUCCGCCCCUGGCUCCGCCCCCGGCUCCGCCCCCGGCUCCGGGACGUCGACGCCCACGCGGUCCCUGGCCCCGCCCCGCAGUGGCUUGCCCCGCCCCAGCGCCUCCACGGGAGGAGGGGGGGGAGGAAUACCCUUGCCACGCAGCAAGCUGGCUCAGCCCGUACGCAGGUCUCUGCCGGCCCCCCGGACCUACAGUGGGGUGAGAGACGCCAACUGGAAGGAAGGCUGUUACUGAGCCCAGCAGAGGGCGCUCUCCUCCACCCAGCAGCCCGACCAGGCAGACAAUACAACACGGCACUUUAUCCACCAGGAAAUACUUCUACCAUGAGCCUGGAGGGAUGCGAAACCCGCACAGACUGACUCUGUGGUCAGGAGGAGAGCCGUGUGAGGAGAAGGAGGGGAAGAGGAGGAGGAGGUGUCUGGAGAGGCCAGCCAGCCCCCAGAUGCCACAGAAAAAGAAAGGAGACGUGUAAAGAAGAAGGCAGCAGCGCUCCAGUCCCUCCACCAGAGGGCGCCAGGUCCUCUGCCGGCUGCAGCCGUCACUCAGUCAACCGAUGAAUCAAUAAAUCACACUAUGCUUCUCUUCCUCCUUCUCCCUCUCUCCAUCACCUCAUCUCUCCCCUCCCUUCCUCUUUCGUCCAUCACUCCCCCUCUUUGUCUUCUCCCCCCUCCAUCACCCCCCCUCUCUCUCUUCCCCCCCCACAACCAUCCCCUGCCCCCCCCUGUUCCCCGUCGUUCAGGUCCUCAGGUUAACGUAUCUGUAAACGUUUCUCUCCUUGUGUUGUGUGUUGGACAGAUGCAUUUAGAGAUCAAUACGAAUCUGUGCAGGUGAAAUGUUCCGAGAAUUGAUGUUUUGAAAAGUAAAUGCAUCUCUUAAUGGUUGUGGUGUCAAAAACAGAGUGUUCCUCUUGUGAGUCAGACAGAAUGUAUUCCAAAGUUGUUUUGUUUUCAGUUAUUUUUGGGUGGGGGUGAUUAUUAUUAUUUGAAUCAUUAUUUAAUAAUUCCCUUCCAAUAUUCAUAUUGAGUAUUUGUUUUGUAUUAUUUUCAAAAGUUUAGAAAAUUUGCAUUUUAAACCUCAACUGCAAAGCUAAUUCUCCAAAGCCUUCUCCCAUGGUGUCAUAGCAGGGUGUCAUAGCAGGGUGUAGCAGAAAGUGACAGGUGAAGUCCAAACCCCUUCCUUGUUACCAAGAUCUGAUUGGACAUCAGAGCAGCCUAACUGCUCCAAUCAGAAACUCGUACAGGUUGAGGUCUACAUCCUGCUCAGCUCCAUCUGCUGCUGCUGUUUUAUACUAGUAGAAGCAUCAACACAGGAAAUAGUCAUACUGAAGUCCCUCAACACAGUAAGUUGUCAUGUUAAACCCCCUCAUGACAUAUUAGUCACAUUGAAGCCCUUCACGACAGGAAGUACACAAGCAACUUCCUGCUGUCCACCCAAUACUUGCAUUGCUUAGUGGGAAUACAUGACAGCAUGUUCAAUAACCAGAAACAAAGAAAUGUUCAGAGUGGCCAUUGCCUCUUGUGCUUUAAAUAUGAAUCACAAAUUGCAGAUUCAUAGAGGGCAGUGUGCCAGAUAUUAUCAAAUAGUGCCUAUAAUUUAGUUAAUUUAAUUAAGUUUCACAUUGUCCUUUUUGUCUGUUGAUGUAUUAUUUUGUGCCAACUUCUUGUUUUGCCAAUAUCAUUUUGAUCAGUGCUUUACUUUGCUUGAUUUUGUUUUUGUCAACAAUACAUUUAUAAUUGCUUUUGAAAAAAGUAUAUGUAUAAUAUGCGCCUUGAUAUUUAUAUCUUGAAAUUACUCUCAUUGUGUAAAUGAACUAUUUAUUAAAGAGAGGUGCCUCUGUAUGUCACAGUGGGAAGCUUUAAGAGAAUGUUGCAUCAGACAUGCCACACCCUUUUGUGUGACUUUUUGUUAACGACCUUUUUAUAUCCACCAACAUUACAUUCAGUUUCCCUGUGUAAACUCACAUUUCAAAUAAAAAAAUGGGCAAACCG